AUGAAGGGGCUGGCGCUGCGGCCACUGCUGCUGGCCACCUGCGUGCUGGGGGCACGAGCGCAGCGCCGGGUCUACCUGCGCGAGGAGUUCCAAGAUGGGGACUCUGAGCUCCCUGAAGCUCGUAGGUCCCUGGAGGGACAUGGUCAGAUUCAAGUCUGUGCCCCUGGUGCCCGGCAUAAAAUGAAUACUCAAGAAAUAUUUGUGAAUGAAGGAGUAAUGAGCCCAGGACCAGAAUGGAUGGAAAAAAGAUGGGUUGAAUCUAAACAUAGGCUGGAUUAUGGUAAAUUUCAGCUCACUGCAGGAAAAUUUUACAGAGACAAAGCAUAGGGUAAAGGUCUCCAGACCAGUAAAGAUGCCAAGUUUUAUGCCCUCUCCACCAGGUUCAAGAAGCCAUUCAGCAAUGAGAAUGAGACCUUGGUGGUUCAGUUUUCAGUAAAACACAAGCAAGGCAUCCAUUGCGGUGGUGGGUUCGUGAAACUCUUUCCUGACACCCUGAACCAGGAGGAUAUGCAUUCAGAAUCUGAGUAUUACAUCAUGUUUGGCCCUGACAUCUGUGGCUUUGGCAACAACAAAGUACAAGUCAUCCCUCAUUAUCAAGGGAGAUACCAUGAGAACAACAAGACCAUCAAGCGCAGGAUCAAUAAAGACACUCACCUGUACGCUCUGAUUAUUCGCCCCAAUGCUACUUAUGAGGUCAAAAUUGACAACCGGCAAGUAGCAGCUGGGGACCUGGAGGACAACUGGGACUUCUUGCCUCCCAGGAAGAUAAAAGCCCCCUAUGCCAGGAAACCAAGGAAAUGGGAUGAAUGCCUACAAAUAGAGGAUCCUGAAGAUAAGAAACCUGAGGACUGGGAAGACUUCGAAUACAUCCCAGACCCGAAGCCAGACGACUGGAAUGAGGCAAUGAAUGGGGAGUGGGAAGGUCCCCUGAUACCAAACCUGAAGUAUAAGGGACAAUGUAAACCUCGGAUCAUUCACAAUCUCAGUUACCAGGGGGAGUGGAUUCAUCCAGAAAUAGACAACCCUGAAUAUAAGCCCGACCCAGCCAUUUGUCACUAUUAUAACAUUAGUGUCCUUGGCCUGGACCUUUGGCGGGUGAAAUCAGGCUGCAUCUUUGACAAUUUCCUUCUUACAAAUAAUGAAGAGUUUGCAGAAGAGGCUGGAAAUAAGACCUGGGGAAUAAGAAAAGACAUAGAGAAGCAAUGGAGAGAACUGUACAAAGAAAUGGAAAAAAGAAAACAGGAAAAAGAGGCCAAGAAGAAAAAGGAAAAGGAGGAAGAAAGGGAAGAUGACAUCUGGGGAAUUGAAGAGGGAAGUGAAGAGGAUUCUGCUGAGGACCCAGGAAAUUACAGGCAGCUGAAGGAAGAUGAUGAUGAAAGAGCAUUUCUGGGUAAAAAUGUAGAAGUCCAUGUUGAUCAGAGGAUGAACCAUAACUGGGUAACAAGUGGUUACUACUCAGAGGCAAAUGAUGUUGCUCAAAAGGUAGAAUGUUCAUGGUUUGGCAAAGUCUGGGGAGCAAAAUUACUUGCUCUCUCUGAAUGA